UUAUUGGAAAUGUUGCUAUUGUGUUAAAAGAACUUUAUUUCCUAUAAUCGACAUCCUGCGUAUUUUUUUUUUUUUUUGUGUGUGCUAAUUAGCUGUGUUAGAAGCAUAAUGAAGAAAUUUGUUUUAUUAAACUGGAAUUAACAAGUAACAGGUGUUCACAAAAUAUUUAUAAACUUGAAUCUAAUUGAAAUCAGAAUUAAAGUUUGAAGUUAUGAAGAAAUCAGCAAGUGGGUUUUUAAAUAAAGUUACACCUCGGAAACUAAUUCGCAAAGCAGCUAGUCGAGCUGAUCUGCGAUCUCUAAAUGAAAAGGUUUCUCUUGAGAGAGUACUAGGUUUGACAACCACCAAUUCAAAUGGAAUCGCUUGUAAUCCUAUUUCCGGAGUUGUUGCUUAUCCUGCUGGAUGUGUAAUUGUUCUCUACAAUCCAAAGUCUGAACAGCAAAGACAUAUUAUUAACCAAGAGAAAAAGACAAUCACUUGUUUAAAUUUUUCAGGAGAUGGAAAAUAUCUUGCAUCCGGCGAAUGUGGCCAACAACCAAUGGUUAGAGUUUGGGAGCUUGGAGAAACUAUAACACAAAUCUCUGAAUUAAAAGGUCAUAAAUCAGGAAUUAUUUCUGUGGAGUUCUCUCCUAAUCAGAAGCUUUUGGUAUCAAUAGGAGACCAUCAUGACAUGUUAGUCAAUAUUUGGAACUGGAAGGGAGGGCAUACAGUUGCAUGUAACAAAUCAGGGUGUCGGGUUCGGUCUGUGUCAUUAAGUGAAAAUGGACAGUAUUUGGUAACAGUUGGUAACAGACAUGUAAAGUUUUGGUACUUGAAUUCUGAAACUUCUUCGACAAACAUCCCAAUUGCUCCAAUCACAGGUCGUUCUGGUAUACUUGGUGACCAACGAAAUAACUGUUUUACAGAUGUGAUGUGUGGGCGUGGAAAGAAUUCUUCAUUUACAUACUGUGUUACCAAGUCUGGAUUAUUAUGUCUUUUUAGUGAAAAGCGUAUUUUGGAUAAAUGGGUUCAGCUUAAGGCUGGUUGCACAAAUUGUUUGGUUGUAACUGAAAAACAUAUUUACUGUGGAUGUUCUGAUGGCAUUAUAAGAGUUUUUAAUCCAAGUGAAAUCAAGUUCUUGGCCACAUUGCCUUUGCCUCAUAAACUUGGCAUUAAUGUUUGUGGUAGUAAAAAUCAGGAAAAUAUUACUGUGCAGCUGAAAAAUUAUCCGGAUGUGGUUGCUCUAGCUGUUGACGAACACAGUUUUAUUUUAUCUAGUGUGUACAACGAUCACAGCUUGUAUAUUUGGGAUAUACAUGAUGUUCAUAAUGUGCACAAGCUCAAUUCUUUCUUAUAUCAUAGUGCUUGUAUUUGGGGAGUAGAGACAUACAAAUGCUCAGGGGAUGAUCCCUUCUUACCAUAUGGAUCAUUUCUAACCUGCUCUUCUGACGAUACUAUACGAAUAUGGAAUAUGGAUCAAGAACCAAACGAAAGUAAUGUCUACUUUAAAAAUGUGUACAGCAAAGAAUUACUGAAAAUAGUCUACAUUGAUGAAGGGUUGUCAAAUUUACAAGAUACUUCAAUGACCCCUCUUGGGAAAGAUACAGACUCCAAGAAUGGUGUACGAUGCAUGCAAAUAAGCCCAAAUGGACAUUUAUGUGCUGCAGGAGAUAGAUCAGGAAAUUUAAGGAUUUAUAAUUUGGAAUUUUUUGACGAAAUAUAUCGAAUUGAUGCCCAUGAAUCAGAAAUUUUAUGUGUAGAAUUCUCAGAUCCAAAGUCAGAUUUCGAGUUGCUUGCAACAUCAAGUCGAGAUCGCUUGGUUCACAUAUUUGAUGUUCGAAACAAGUUUAAUCUUUUACAAACCAUAGAUGAUCAUUCAUCAUCCAUAACUGCAGUGCGAUUUAAUUAUGAUUUAGAUGUUCUUCAAUUGUUAAGCUGCGGAGCUGAUAAAGUGGUGAUGUUCCAUACUGGUCAAACAAAUAGUAAUGGCAGUAUUACCUUUAUUCGAAAUACCAUUGUUCCUGGAAAAUCCACACUGUAUGAUAUGGGAAUUGAUCCUACUAGGAAGUUAGCUGCAACUGUUGGACAAGACAGAAAUAUGAGAAUAUAUGAUAUUCAAGGAGCUAAGCAAAUACAGUGUUUUAAGGGUUCACAAAAUGAAGGAAAUCUUAUCAAGCUUCAAUUAGAUCCUUCUGGUGUCUAUGCUGCUAUUAGCUGCUCUGACAAAACAAUAUCCAUUUAUGAUUUUUCCCGCGGGGAGUGUGAAUCUGUUAUACUUGGUCAUUCAGAACUGGUGACUGGCCUUCAGUUUACUAGUGAUGGUAAACGGUUGAUAUCUGUGGCUGGUGAUGGUUGUAUUUUCAUUUGGAAACUUCCUACCGUGUUUACAGAGAACAUUUUGAAUAGAUUAGAAGAGCUUGAGAUUCCAUUUAUUCCUCGUGAAUGUGAUGAAGUAGAUACUCACCGAAAGACAUUUAUUAUUUCAUCUCCAACUUUACCAGAUGACGAAUCUAAAUUUAAAACACCUCCAAAAGACCUCUCAAGUCAUUAUCGCUUUAGUAUUGGUCAACUACCUGUAUGGGCAAGAAAACAGAUAGGAGUAGAAAACAAUUUGACAAAUGCAAAAGGGUCUAAUGCACCUUUGGGUCGAUGGGGAGAGAGAACAGAGGAACCAUUAAAUACAGUCCUUGAAAUUGAAAACAAAACAGUAACUUAUUCCACUAGUUUAUUGGAGUUUAAUGAAACAGCAGGCAAUGAGAGUAAAGUGUUGAAGCUUAGUGAUGAUAGUUUGAAUGGCGACAAUGAAAGGAGAUUUGAAGUGACAAGAAAUCAACGAUCUUCAAGCUGGAAAGAGGGUACUGAUGUUACUGAUCAUAAAUUGGACAGUGAAAGUGAAAGUGCUGAAUCCGUUAAUGACCAUGUCAAUAGUGAAGCAGCUGAAGAUAGUUUUUUAGAGAGUGAUUACGAAGAUGAUGCAUUUUCUCCACUCUCUGAACAUUUUGAAAAGCUAGGUACACCAAUUGUUACAAAGAUGCUAAAUAAACCAAACUAUCCUAAAAAUGCUGUGACACUCUUUAACCGUGCUAGUAUAUCCGCAAAGUUUUUGUCUCGUUCUCAGAAAGCGUCAAGGACUCAAACCGCAUCUAUUAAUGAUCAAAGAAAGCGACUAGAAAUUCUGAAAGCUCGAUUUAAUAAUAAAAUUAACACUAACAUUUCAACAAACAUAAAGUCAUCAAUGGAGAACAUUUUUUCCAAGGAUACCACGAGUCGUUCAAAUAUACAGGAGUCGAAGCAUUUUAAAAGUUGUCAAAACAUCUCUCAAAGUAACUCUGAAAAAACAUUUCACAGACUUUUAUCUUCGCCUAGUUUUAACGAAGAUGUGUCCAAAACGAGUCUUCAAAGUAGCACACCAUGGCGUUUGCUUGAUUCCAAGGAUCAUAGCUCAAAAGAACUUAAUUUAAAGCAAAAUGUUUGGAGUAGAUCAUCCUUUGGGAAAUCGUCAGUAAAAUCUCCAGGGUUUGACGAUACUUUAUCUGUUGACGGAAAUUAUGAAAAGACAGUUGUGUUACGUAAGAAAGGAGAUAACCGAAGACAAAAUCGACCAAGAUCGAUGUUUGUAGAGUCUAUGAACCAAAAAGUGUCUAAUAAAACACUACUGCAUUGUUUAUCUGAUACUGAAACAAAUGACAAUGAGGUUGUUCAAGAAAAUAUAUUCCCAAAUAAUGUAAAUUUUCAAUCAGUGAACUUAAAUCAAUCUCAAAAUCGCGACUUAGAAACCUCAUUUUGCGAAAAAAAGAGUUUUCAAAAGCAGCACUCAGAAACUCAUGAAUCAUUAGAAACAGUUUAUUGGAAACAUAAUCAAUUUCUAAACUCUGCAUGUGAAACUAAUGGUACAUCUGAAGACUUGUACAGCGAUUUUUCUAAAGACCAAAACCUGGGUCGUAUUGCAGUGGAAAUAAACGACAAUAUUUGUAAACUUAACAUGAAAUCAAAUUACGAUGACUACACUAAAAAUUGUGAUGUCGAUUUGGUUUUAAAAAGCCCUACUGUGCGUUCAGAGACCAUAAGAUCAGAUUCUCCGCCUCAAAGAGACACUUUUUUAACUGAUACAUCACUUUUAAAGAAUACCAGUGAUAACCAAGAAUCAGUAUCGUUAGUAAGCUGCCAAAAUAUAUUACAUACUUUUGUAAAAUCGUACAAUGAUGUUCGCCGAUUGCAAUGCAAGGUUAUCGAGCAACCUAGUUCCCCAAUUCAUUCUCAAAUUAUUUUGCUUAUUUCAAAAACAUACUUGGCUCUCGGGAAUAGCAUGAGUGAACAAAGAGAAAAGUUAAUCGAACAUCUUGAUUUGAUCGAUCAUCAACAAGACUUGAUUAAAUCAAAUUUGUUUCAAGAACUUGAAAGCGAGCUAUUGUCGAAUAAAGAAUCUUCUACUGUACUUUAUCUUCUUGAAAAAUAUUCAAAUUUAUUAUUAGAUCUGACGACAACAAAAAUAAAAGAAAAAUCGGGAGUUUGAACGAUAUUUGAAUCUUGAUAUUUGAAAGAGAUCAUCGCCUGUAUUUGGAACUAUCUUCGAAAACUGUCUGCAUAUCGUGCUAAACAACAUAAAUUUGAAAAGUGUUUUGAAUUUUGCAAGCUUUGCAAGUUCCAAUAGCCUUUUGUUUUGUUUUAAAAUACAAAUUGAUAAUACCAUAUGACGUAAUCAAAAAUGACUUUUCAAAAAAAGAAUCAUUAUAGGAAAUUGAAAUUUUGAAUUUUCAUAAAAAUUUUAUAUAAA